AGCAGAGAAGGGGAGGGAGAGGCAUCCAUCCAGUCCUCUCCGCCGCCACCCCUGCCUCUGCCUCUCCUUCCCCAUCCCAAAUUCCCAUACCUAGAGACAUGGCCACCGACGGCAGCGGCGUCGUCACGGUCUAUGGCUCCGGCACCAACGGCGCCGCUCUUCUCGAGCCCUCCAACCACAAGUCCGCCACCUUCUCCGUCAAGGUCGGCCUCGCCCAGAUGCUUCGCGGGGGCGUCAUCAUGGACGUCGUCACCCCCGACCAGGCUCGCAUCGCCGAGGAGGCCGGCGCCUGCGCCGUCAUGGCCCUCGAGCGCGUCCCCGCCGACAUCCGCGCUCAGGGCGGCGUCGCCCGCAUGUCCGACCCUGGCCUCAUCCGCGACAUCAAGCGCGCCGUCACCAUCCCCGUCAUGGCCAAGGCCCGCAUCGGCCACUUCGUCGAGGCCCAGAUCCUGGAAGCCAUCGGCGUCGACUACGUCGACGAGAGCGAGGUGCUCACCCUCGCCGACGACUCCCACCACAUCAACAAGCACAACUUCCGCGUGCCCUUCGUCUGCGGCUGCCGCGACCUCGGCGAGGCUCUCCGCCGCAUCCGCGAGGGCGCCGCCAUGAUCCGCACCAAGGGCGAGGCCGGCACCGGCAACGUCGUCGAGGCCGUCCGCCACGUGCGCUCCGUCAUGGGCGACAUCCGGGCGCUCCGCAACAUGGACGACGACGAGGUCUUCUCCUACGCCAAGCGCAUCGCCGCGCCCUACGACCUCGUCAUGCAGACCAAGCAGCUGGGCCGCCUCCCCGUCGUGCAGUUCGCGGCGGGCGGGGUGGCCACCCCUGCCGACGCCGCCCUCAUGAUGCAGCUUGGCUGCGACGGCGUCUUCGUCGGCUCCGGCAUCUUCAAGAGCGGGGACCCCGCCAGGCGUGCCCGCGCCAUCGUGCAAGCCGUCACCCACUACAGCGACCCCAAGAUACUGGCGGAGGUCAGCAGCGGGCUCGGCGAGGCCAUGGUUGGCAUCAAUCUCUCUGACCCCAAGGUGGAGCGCUUCGCCGCCCGCUCCGAGUAGCGCAUAUCCUAUCCUAUACAAUGCCUGUCCAGCUUUCCUUGCGACUCCACUCUUUGAUGUUACUGUACUUGAGUAAUAAGGCUCAUCAUCUUGUCUCGUGAUAUAACAAGAAGAAAGAAAUUAAAAUAGACUCCUACCAACGUAGAAUCAAUUCCAUGCUCUCCCUUCUUCUGUUCUUGGUGAUGUAGUAACAAGGAAGCAGAUAACGAUCAGAAUUCAGAAGCCUGCAGCACUACAGUUAAGGCACUUCCGCAAUGGAAUGUUUCUGCGUUUGAAUUGCCA